AGUGACAGGCAGGCACCGGGCUCCAUCUCUCCAACCAAACUCUAAUCGGAGUCUUCCACCUAUAGCGAUCCUUCUUCUUCGUACUCUCCCAAAUCCUCGAACCUAUCAAUUCGAUCAUGGUUCAAAGCGUUUUUCCUUAAAACGCUAGCGACGAUUUCGAUUUUUUGAAGCGUUUAUCAGAUUCUUUGAUUUUCUUGUUCUAUCGAAAUCAAUCAUGUUUACGCGUUUGUUCGGGAAACCUAAGCAGGAGGCCAAUGCCCUAACAACAUUGGACAAGUUAAACGAGACACUUGAAAUGCUAGAGAAAAAAGAAGGUGUCCUUUUGAAGAAGGCCGCUGCAGAGGUUGAAAAGGCUAAGGAAUUUACUAGAGCAAAGAACAAAAGGGCGGCAAUACAAUGUUUAAAGAGGAAGAGGCUCUAUGAACAGCAAAUUGAACAACUUGGAAAUUUCCAAUUGCGCAUUCAUGAUCAGAUGAUAUUGCUAGAAGGUGCCAAAGCUACAACAGAGACUGUUGAUGCAUUGAGGACUGGAGCUUCUGCGAUGAAGGCAAUGCAAAAGGCGACGAAUAUUGAUGAUGUUGACAAAACAAUGGAUGAGAUUAAUGAGCAGACAGAGAACAUGAAACAGAUUCAGGAGGCAUUAGCCACACCCAUUGGUGCAGCAGCUGAUUUUGAUGAAGAUGAAUUGGAAGCAGAGCUUGAAGAAUUAGAAGGAGCUGAAUUGGAGGAACAGCUUCUCCAGCCUGCCACAACUGCCCCAGCAGCACCAAUCCCUGCAGGCAGAGUACCAGCCCGCCCAGCUCCUCAGAGGAACACUGCUGAGGAUGAUGAGCUUGCUGCAUUACAGGCAGAGAUGGCACUUUAAGAAGUUACCAAUUCCAAGCAAAGACCAUGUAAAGACUGGUUGUACUCUAUGAUUGAUGGAGCCUGACAGCCUGUUACUUCACUCCCUGGACCCUCCAUUUCCGUAUUUAUUCUUCAGCGUGCAUUCACUGGUAAGGAAGCAUUUGUAUAGAUGGCUUCAAGUAAAUUACAUUCCAAGUAAAAUUACGUUCUAUCUAAAAUCUGUACCCUGCUUCUGUGGUUUCCUAAACGAGUUGGCCAGGAUUGGUUGUGGACAUCUUAUAUAUCUAUUUCUUAUCAGUGUGAUGAGAUUCCCUAAUUUUUCCUCGUAA